AUGAAUGGACUUAGUCACUUCCAAUACUCGUAUAGCGCUUCUCUCGUAUCUUAUCAUGGAUUUAAUCAGCCUACAGUGCCUACACUAUGCACAAAAGGGGCUAGUGUCGAUAUAAAUUAAAAUAAUUCAGAAAUAAUAUUGUAAAAAGAUUCACUAGCUUAAAAAGUGUGAAUUUUGGAGUUAAUGCUAUUGAAUAUGUUUUAAGGCAUUGCGAAAGUCGCUCGAAUGACCCACAAAAGCGACUCUUUUGUUGGAUAGUGUUAUCAAUGCUUUGGAAGAGAUAAGAUAAAAACUCGUGAAAUAUUAGGUGAAUAAUAUGUGGGGUUUUGUCCUCUUGUUAGUCAUGUACACUUAAUCGAUCGGUGAACACGCCUAAAGUUCAAUUUUAGUUUGCAAAAGAAGUUGUAGAACAAUGAAUUUAAUAAAAUCAGCUACAUUAGCUGCAGCGAUUUUUUGUAUCGUUUUGAGCCAAGUUUCUGGCCAGACGAAAGAUGAAACCACAACAAUCAAGCCAGAAACGCCAAAGGAAAAAAUCAAAGUAAUUGAUAGCAAAUUGUGUAAAAAGUGCGAUUGCUAUAUCGACACCAACUUGCUGGAGUGCUCCGGAAAACUACAGGAUUGGUUGUCCGCCGAGGACUGGGAGAUUCUGAUCAACGGCGAUGUUGUGUUCAAAACAAUCAGUCUGGAGCACAACAACCUGACCAGCGUGCCAAUUCUGCCGAGAUACGAUGUGGAGAACUUGUACUUGGCUAAUAACCAAAUCGAUUCCAUUACCGUGGCAGCUUUUCAGAAUUUAACCCAACUAGUCACACUCGAUUUGUCGCAUAACCGAUUGACUUCGAAAGUUCUGGUGCCGGAUGUUUUUAAAGGUCCCUUCACUAUCCACGAUUUUGCGUCGUUGGAAAAUCUAAAGAUUCUCAACUUGGGAUACAACGAUAUUCAUAGCUUGGAUGCGGAUCUGUUUGAACACAUUCCCCACAUUGAGGAACUCGUUCUCUGCUCAAAUAGAUUUCAUGUCAUCGAUCAACUAUCAGAAACAGCCAUUUCCGGCUUACAAUCGUUGAAGACCUUGGAUGUCUCUUAUAUGGAAAUCGACGACUUGCCGGAUACAAUUCUACAUGGUCCUCGAGAUCUUGAGAUCCUUAUAGCAGCUGGCAAUUUGUUUAAUCAAUUGCCAAAAGCCCUGAAAUAUGCGACGAACUUGACCAGCCUGGUCUUAAACGAAAAUCCCAUCGAAAAUUUGAUUGGCGACAAUGUAUUUCCACCUUUGACAAAAUUGACCCACCUCAGCAUGACUUUUAUGUCCAAGUUGUACAAAAUUGGGCCAGGAGCAUUUAGUGAACUGCAAAGUUUAACCGAACUGAUAUUGUCCGACAACAAACUGCUAAAUGAAAUUGAUGAGGAGGCUCUAUCCAAGAACGUAACUGGUGGCCAGUUCUUGGACUACCCGCCAUUGGAAAAGGUUUACUUGAAUAAUUGCAACGUGUCGACAUUGCCGAAACAACUACUAGUGCGCUGGGAUAAACUUAAGGCUCUGGAUCUUAGAUUCAACCCGUGGAAUUGCGACAACUCCAAUGACUACUUGAUCAACGUCUUGAUAGAUCGAAUCAACAAGACCACGCCUGUUCUGGCCAAAGAUGUCAAGUGUGGCGGUCCGAACAAGUUAAACGAUGUUACGCUGCUCAGAGUGGCGAAUGAACAUAUGAUAGAAAGUUCGACGGGCAGUCUCAUAUGGGUUGGACUCCUGGUUGUCCUGCUUAUCGCGGUGCCGACCAUCAUUGGUGCCUACGUAAUGAAGAGGCGCGGCUGCUUUGGCGUCUUUAGGCGUCAUGACAGCGGUGCUAGCAGUGCUCUCUAUAAUAGGACUAGUUUCAACGAGGAUUUCCAUAUUUAACUUUCUUUUUGUAUAAUAAAAGCCUUGAAGCCUUAAUAUUCCAUUAAACGGUUGGUAAUUUGGCGUAAAUCUGUAAAUACACUUACAUAAAUUAAGUAAACGUUUAUUGUUUUA